ACUGUAAAGUGCCAAGGCAUUAAGACUUGGGUACGUGUAUUACAACGGCAAGAGUGCCAGCGUCCACAAAAGACACAUUGGACCUGUCAGCUCCUCUGUCUCACCGAGCAGACAUAAUAAUUCAUCAGCAAAGCAGAAAGCUAGGCUGUGAAGGAGCUAUUCUGAGACCUGUGCUUCUAGUAAGUGACUGCUAACACUGUAGACUGGAUCGGUUCAUGAGUUGGAGACUGAGUUGCAAUUGAGUGGAAAAUAGACAACGAAAUCUUGAAGAAGUGCAUGGAGGUGCAAAUCAGAUUUAACUCUCUCCAAGUAAUGUUGAUUGGACUGAGAAAUUGCUAAGCCAAAUCUGCACUAGGACUGGUUAUUUGCGUGUCUCUCUCUAUCUCUGUUGCCUCUUACUGUUAACAUUGCUUUCUGUUUCAUCUCUGGAGGCCCAGAUGUUCUCAGAUAAUACACAUUGUCCCGACUGUGGACAACAGUGGUUCCCAAGUUUAGAACUGGGCCAUUGGCUGUACCAAACUGAACUUGUUGAAAAUGAAUGUUACCAAGUGUUCUUAGACCGGAUUAACAGAGCUGAUUAUUGCCCUGAGUGUUACCCUGAUAAUCCUGCAAAUAGAAGCCUUGUUCUUCCUUCGUCUUUUCCAUUUGAAUGGGCUCCCCAAAAUUUCUCCAGGUGGACCUUUGAGAAGGCUUGCCAUCCAUUUCUUCUGGGUCCUCCACUGGUUAGAAAAAGGAUACAUGAUUCUAGAGUAGCUGGUUUUAACCCAGCAUUACAGUUAAUCUUGGCCAGGACAGACAAUACCUUAAACAGAAGACUUGACCAAAACAAGUAACUUCUUAAACAAUCAAAAUCAUGGAGAUGUUAGAGGCUUUUGCACUAGUAGUUAAAGCAAUAUGGAAUGUAACUCCUUGGUAAAUUUGAUCCAGACUAUCACUGCUUUGGGGAACUGCUUCACUAGUUGGAUCUGAUUCUGUGGUCUAUGCAUGUUUUGUUCAGCAUAAGUUUAAUCAGUAUCCCAGCCAGGCUGUUUACCUGAAGCCAGGCUAAUCUACUGCCUCUAUAUUUUGGAAUUAGCAUUGCCCUCUAAAAGAUCCACGACCUAAUUACUGACAUAUGACAUGAUAGUCCUGGAGCAAGGGCCCAUAUUGUGGGCUCCAUAAUGGCAUAUCUAGUGACUGCUUUUUAUGGGAAAGCAGUCUCACUAUAGUUGGAUUCUAGAUUAUUCUAGCCAAGACAGAUAUUUUAAUGAAAAAUUACAUUGUUACAUAUUCUACCAGUUGGAUAUUAGUCAGAGAUACUGAUUUAUGUAAUUUAUUCAUACAGAACCACUUAUUCAUCAUUGACUGUAUCUGGCCCAUCUUCAGUAAUUGGUCACUGUCAGAGAAUUACCUUCUAUCAGGCAGUACCUACAGAAGUGCUGUAGAAAUGCCGCUGUCUUGGCUCAAUAUAAGCUAAUACUAUCCUGUCUGUAGUGACUGAAUUUAGAAUGCUUUGACCCCAGAAGUGGAAAGUAUCUGUCCUAUCAUUUAGAUGAUGAAGGAAUUACCAAGCUUGACUCUGUGUUUUAUGAACAAGGUUGGGGUGGCAUUGGCUAUGCUCUGGACAUUGCUACAAUCUACCCUUCUCUGAUUCAUAAGAAUCAUGGGUCUAGAACUUAGGUCAAGAAACUCAGAAAAAGCUGUUGAAAAGAGAGAACACUGAACAGUUUAAAACAUCCACUUAAGAUGCUAAAUAAACCAUUGCUUAUGUAACAAAUCAGCUAUGUCCGCAAGAUCCUAGCUUCUUUCUAUACUUCCUUAUAGGGGUCCUUAUCACAUUGAUUUUUGUUGUUGUUGUUGUUGUUCUCAGUUACCUAAGUACCAUGUGGCUUGUUUCUGCUCCAGGUAUUUCAGUUCUAAUCAGAGGGAGUAAAUGAUUUUUCUCCUUUCAAGUCUCUGCCUUUUCUUUGGGGAGAACAUUAUUCUCAAAAGGCCCUCAAAGGAUUUCUUCUUACAUAUCAUGAGAAGGUGCUGAUUCACAGGGGAGCUUGGGAAGCCUAGCAAAGAGAGGAGGAUGUCAUUGCCUGAAUAGAGCACGCUUCCUCCCCUGAUAAAAUCAGGACUCUUUUGGGUAGAAGUGGAAUGAAUGGCUGUUCAUAUACAAUAAAUCAUGCCUGUCAAAUGCUGUGAAACCUAAAGUUUUUUCUCAGUCUGUAUAAAGAAUGUAUCCUAGAGAUCUGCCCUUUGUCUAUUGUGGAAGUUCUCUCCUGUUAUAAUGCUGAAUAAACUGUAUGGACUGCUGAACUGA